CAUCGUAUCCUCUGGGAAAAUGGUAUCUUUCGCUGUGACAUCAGCCUCAGCAAUCUCGUGUUUUACCGAACCUCGCGCGGUCGUGUGAUAGGUGUCCUCAAUGACUAUGAUUUAUCAUCGAUUCAAGAUGAUUGUCCCAGAGGCAAUGACCACAAGGGAACGGUACCGUUCCUAUCGAUUAGCCUUUUCACCCUACUAUCAACCGUCGAAGGCAGCGUCGAGCACGUGUACCGGCACGAUGUUGAAUCGUUGGUCUGGGUUUCUGUCCGGGACUGUUUUCACUAUGAGGAUGGCAAGCCUCGCAAGAAGAACAAACCUUUCUGCGAGUGGCUUGGACACGCUUAU